GUUUUGUCCAUCUCUUACUGUGAUUGUGCAAAGCUAAGAAUCGGUAGCAUUUUUCAGUAGCUACUGGGAACUCAAGUUCUUCGAUUUAUUUAACGUUUCUAUAUUUUGCAGUAUCGGUUGUUAUGGCGGAUCCCCGAGUACGACAAAUUAAAAUUAAGACCGGAGUAGUCAAACGACUCGCGAAAGAAAAGGUCCUCUAUGUGAAAGAAGCAAAACAGCAGGAGGAGAAGAUUGAGCGUCUGAAAGCGGAAGGAGGGGACGAGUACGUCAUCAAGAAGCAGGUGGAGGUCCUCCAGGAAUCACGCAUGAUGGUCCCCGACUGUCACCGGCGCCUGGCUACAGCACACAUGGAGCUUUCACAGUUAUUAGAAAUGGAAGCAGACCUGGGAGAAUUAGAAGAAUACAAAGAGGCCAGAAAUAUGCUGGAUUCUGUGAAGUUGGAGGGAUGAUUGUUUUCUCCUGGUAUUCAAACAGCUCUGUCCAUUCCAUUGAGUCAGAAUGUUUUUGUUUUUUUGUAUUUGUUGCAGAAUGAUUCUCCUACAUGUCUAUAAAUGAUUGUGCAAGCACUUCAAAUAAGAAUCAAAUAAAUGUUUUUUUCCUGUGUGA